UGCGCGUGUCUGCGCGCGCGCACGAGGCGGCGGAUUCCCAUCACAAGCAAGAUGGCGGCGGAGCGGACAGCCGGCUCGGCACACACCGACUGACGGAACCAGCUCCACCCGCCGGUUGGACCGGAGCUCGACACGGAGACACGGAGACGGAUAAAAUAACACUUAAAUAUACGAAAACAAAUAUAUAUGUUUGUAUUUUACCGGACUGUGCCGUGAUGAAACAACACCGGUGACCGACACCGGGCGAAGUUCUGUGCGUGUGUGUGUGUGCGGACUGAUCCACCGUCCAGGACCGGGGAAGUCGACGGUGGUCCAGGACUCUGUGGACGCUGUGCAGAUGUGGUCAGUUUAACCAGUUAUUUCCCAGCUGAACCACAGCAGCGCUGCCAAUCCUCUCUUCGCUUCCUGGCCUUAUCAGACCAGAGCACACAUCACUUGGCACAGAAAAAUUAGCUCGCUCGUGACGAGGAAGGCAGUUGGCGGGGAUGGGAGAUGAUGGAGGACAAAAGCCAUCGUGUAGCCGACUACUUUGUCGUGGCCGGUCUGACAGACCCGUCCAAGCCGUUGGACCAGGAGAUCCACUUUGAUGACGUCUGCCACAAGCUGGCCAAGCCGAAGGCGCCGAUCACCGACGUGGCGGUGGUGAUCCGCUCGAUGGGCGAGGAAGCGCCGCCGGGGUUCACCUGCAUAGAGGAGACACCGACCGGCCAUUCGGCUGAUCUUAACAACGGCGGACUCAUGGCACCCCAGAUCUUCCUGUGCUACAGGCGGGGUCGAGACAAGCCGCCACUCACUGACCUCGGCGUGCUGUACGAGUGGAAGGAGCGGCUGAAGCAGGGCUGCCACCUCAUCCAGACCACUCCCUCCGGACGGCCGGCCAACAUCAGCGGCAAUUCCUCCCAGCGCAUCUACGUCACCUACCGCCGGGCGCCGGAGAGCCAGCCGCACACCACCCUGGCCGUGACGGACAUCUGCAUCAUCAUCCCGAGUAAAGGAGAGACGCCGCCGCACACCUUCUGCAAGGUGGAGAAGAACCUGAACAGCAGCAUGUGGGGCUCCUCCGUCUACCUGUGUUAUAAGAAGUCUGUGGCCAAAACCAACACAAUAGCCUACAAAGCAGGUUUAUUCAGCAGAUAUCCAGAGGAGGACUACGAGUCGUUCCCUCUGCCCGAGUCUGUCCCUCUCUUCUGCCUUCCCAUGGGGGCCACGAUCGAGUGCUGGCCGGCCAACACCAAAUACUCCCUCCCUGUUUUCUCCACCUUUGUCCUCACCGGAGCCUCCGGAGAGAAGGUCUACGGUGCUGCCAUUCAGUUCUAUGAGACCUUCCCUCAGGAGUGUCUGACUGAUCAGCAGCGCUCCCAGCUCGGUCUCCUGAACCCAGAUCCGCACAAACCCUCCUCAUCCUCAUCCACCUCCUCCGUCUCCAGCGCUACAGCGACAGCCACCAACAGCUCCACCAACAGCACCGUGACCCCGCGCUCGGUCUACACCAACAAGUGUAUCUGUCUGCUGUCACACUGGCCCUUCUUCGACGCUUUCCGCAAGUUCCUCACAUUCCUCUACCGCUACUCCAUCUCCGGCCCUCACGCUCUGCCCAUCGAGAAGCACAUCUCUCAUUUUAUGCACAAAGUUCCCUUCCCGUCCUCUCAGAGGCCUCGGAUCCUGGUGCAGCUUUCUCCUCACGACAGUUUGAUGUUGAGCCAGCCAGUGUCUUCUCCUUUACCGCUCAGCGGUGGUCGGUUUUCCACGCUGCUCCAGAACCUCGGACCAGAGAACGCCGUCACCUUGCUGGUGUUCGCCGUCACUGAACACAAGAUCCUGGUCCACUCGUUACGACCCGCCGUGCUGACCAGCGUCACCGAAGCUCUGGUGUCUAUGAUCUUCCCGUUCCACUGGCCGUGUCCGUACAUCCCUCUGUGCCCUCUGGCGUUGGCGGACGUGUUGAGCGCCCCCUGUCCGUUCAUUGUGGGAGUCGACUCGCGCUACUUUGAUCUGUACGACCCCCCGCCGGACGUGAGCUGCGUGGACCUGGACACAAACACCAUCUUCCACAAUGAAGAUAAGCGAGCCCUCACGUGGAAGAUCCUGCCAAAGAAAGCCUGUAAAAACCUAAUGAACGUGCUGAGCAACCUCUACCAGCAGUUGGUCGACGGUCAGUACCGUCCCGACGGGCUGCUGGAGCUGAGCAUGAGCGAUUCGUCCGAGCUGAGCUGUGGGAAGAGCCUCCACACGCUGGAGCUGGAGAUCCAGGAAGCCUUCCUGCGCUUCAUGGCGGCCAUCCUGAAAGGCUACCGCUCUUUCUUACGGCCGAUCACCCAGGCGCCCUCCGAGAAAGCCACGGACGCCAGCUCGCUCUUUGACUUGCAAGGGUUCUUGAAGAGCCGCGACCGCUCGCACCAGAAGUUCUACUCCCUGAUGACCAAAACCCAAAUGUUCAUCCGCUUUAUCGAGGAGUGCUCCUUUGUGAGCGACAAAGACGCCAGUCUGGCCUUCUUCGACGACUGCGUGGACAAACUCUACAAUUCAGAGCGGAGUGCAGACAAAGGAGGCAAGGUGGACAGCGACAGGCCGGAGGAGACCCGGCUGAUAGAGAUUGAUGAAUCCCAGCGCAGCGAGCACACGGUCUUCAUCACGCCACCGGAGCUGCCUCCGCUGCCUGACGGGGAGGAGUAUCCACUGUGCUACAUGUACGACGGUUUCCCGGUGUUAAGUCUCGACCUGUUUGACCCGGUGGAGGGUCUGCGGACCCCCUCGUCCCGCCUCGCUGCCAGGCACAGCUGUCCCACCAGCCCUGCCCCCAUGUUCAGACGCACCAAGCAGGAGAUCAAGUCAGCCCAGAAGAUCGCCAAGAAGUACUCGUCCAUCCCCCAGCUGUGGUCCAAGUGCCUCCUCCGUCACUGCUACGGCCUGUGGUUCAUCUGUCUGCCAGCGUACGUGAAGGUGUGCCACUCCAAGGUGCGCGCGCUUCGCACCGCCUACGACGUCCUCAGGAAGAUGCAGGCCAAGAAACUGCAGCCUCCAGACGAGGUCUGUUACCGGGUGUUGAUGCAGCUGUGUGGACAGUACGGCCAGCCCGUCCUGGCAGUCAGGGUCCUCUUUGAGAUGAAGAAAGCCGGAGUUCACCCCAAUGCCAUCACGUACGGUUACUACAACAAGGCGGUGUUGGAGAGCACGUGGCCCUCCAGCACCAGAGGAGGAUACUUCCUGUGGAUGAAGCUGAGGAACGUCGUUCUGGGCGUGGCGCAGUUCAAACGGGCGCUACGGCGACAGGCCCCGCUCACCCAGAGCCCUCUGUCAGAUGGCAGCGACCUGGACGCUGUGAGUCACGGCAGCCUGGAUAGCUCUGCCGACAAUAACCUGGCCGAGCAGCAGGGCCCCUUCGCCAAAGUAGACCCCACUGACGAUAGAUCUAGCACAGCCGGCCGUGGGGGCGGCAGCGUGGGCGCCAGGGCCCUGGUGGCCCACUCCCACCGGGGGGGCUCUGAGCUCAGAGAAGCCACCCUCCACCCAGGAGAUCAGUCAGAUUUGGGUUAUAACUCGUUGUCCAAAGAGGAGGUUCGCAGAGGAGACCCCAACGCCCCGGACGCCGCCCCGGACAAAGAUGACAAGAAGGAGAGCGACUGCAGCUCCCUGUCGGAGACAGAGAGCGCCAAGGGGAGCAAAGACUGCCUCCCUCAGCUGGACGUGGAGGUCCACUCCUCGUUCAGAUCCCGCGGCAUCGUUCGCAGCAGCUGUCCGUACGACGACUCGUCCUGCAGGCCGAAGAGCUCGGCCAGCGCAGGCCAUGUCGCGGGUCUCCUCUUCACCUCCUCCCUGGAUGAGAUCGGUGAGGUCCACGGCAACAGUUUGCUCAGGAGACAUAAGAGCGCCCUGGAGGAGGUGGUGGGCAGCGCCAGCAGCGGCUCGGCUCUCGACUGGCAGGGCGUGAGGGGCCGCAGGCUGAGCGGCGACACCGUGGGCAGCAGCGGCAGCGGCACCACCGUCCUCGGACUCGGCAUGAGCCAGGGGGAAACCGACCCGGAUAAGAUCGCGGGACACCUGGGCGCAGAUGUCAAAAUUCUCUCUGGUGCCAACUUCAGUAAGAAUAAGAGGCCUCGCUCGCUGGCUCUGGGAGGGUUGGAGGAGGCGGCUGCUAAGGCGGGUGGUGUCAGAAAUCGUGAUCACAGAGAGGAAGACGAGGACAUGGAACGACUGGACUCCAGUGAUGAAGACACGAGUCACACAGAGGACAUUUUUGAUCUGGAGGAUCUGGAUUUAGACAAGCCUUCCACAGGCGGAGGCGUCAGCUCUCGUAAGAGCAACAAAUCUCACAGUAAAGUUGUUGAACGAAGUGCCAGCUACGGCGGUGUGAGCACCGAGGCCUCCAGAGGAGCCGUGAAGCGCACCGGCAUCCAGACCGGCUACGACCCUCUAUCCCUGCUCGCGGCGGAGUCGCAGACCGAGCAGGAAAACGAGGAUCAGUACCCAGAGGGUGACGAGGCCAGCACGCCGAGCGCCCGCAGGCACCUGGCCAGGGAGAUCGAGCUCUACAUGAACCACAUGGGCAGCCCGCUGAGCAGCCGCACACCCAGCCUGGACCUGCAGGACCCGGCCAGUCCCCUCCUCCUCCACCCCUCCUCGCUCUCCGCCCCCCGCAGAGCCAGCCUGCCCCACAGCUCCCCCCGCAGUGCUGCCGGAGUGCCGCGUUCCCGCACCUUCCACCCGCCCUCGCCCUCCCAAAACAUCUCACGCCAACGCCUGUGGUCGUCGCCGCCCUGUCGCAGUUCCAGCACCACCCCCAGCCCCAGCCCUCGACCCAGCCCGUACAGGGAGAGGACAGACGGGAUGAGUCUGGUGUCACCUUCACCCUCCUCCUCCUCUUUCGCCCUGGACACUCUGCUCACACCAACGCUCGACGUUUUUAAGACCAGCGUGUUCUCGGCUGGGAAGGGCGUAGCAGAGAAGGCCAGCCGCUGGUACUCCCGCCUCGCCACGUACACCACACCCACCAAGGACGGUCACGGUGACCGCCUGAGUGUGUCCUCCCUCGGUGUCGGAGAUCCGGACCGUUCGUCCCUGCUGGAUGAAGAGGACUGUGGGGAGUCGGAGAGCUCCAUGGUCUCUCCGCAGAAGAACGGCCCCAUGGGGCCACGCAGGAGCCCCAGACGCAGCCCCCUCUGCAGCAGACUGGACAGCCCCACUGCAGGCUCCAGCCUCGGGAGACCCACGUCUCUGCUCCCCGGAAGUGUCCUCUCGCCGCCUGGCUUCCCUCUGCCGGACAAGUCCGACCUCGGCUCUUCACGCUACACCAGCAACACCAGCAUCUUCAACAACUACGCCAUGGAGCUGCUGAUCUCCAGCUGUUCUCGCUGUAAGACGUGUGACUGCCUCGUGUACGACGAGGAGAUCAUGGCCGGCUGGACGGCCGACGACUCCAACCUGAACACCACCUGCCCCUUCUGUGGAAACCCCUUCCUGCCUUUCCUCAACGUGGAGAUCAGAGACAUGCGAGGACCCGGCAGGCUCUUCCUGAAGGGCAGCCCGUCACUCGAUGAGGCGACCACCUCGACAUACUCGACCUCCACAGGUAUGGACACAGGGACGUCCACCUUGUCCACGCCCUGUCCUACGACAGCCGUCUCUCCUCCCUCCCCUGUGAUCGCCGUGCAGGAGUGCUCGGGGAGUGGAAGGACUCGAUCGACCAGAGCUGAAAGUAUCAACAUCCCCACAGACCGCCGGCAGGGCUCGCCCAUGGCUCGCAGUGUCAGCGCCUUUGGUCCUCUGGAGGAAGCGCCCCGACUCAACCGCUGUGUGCCGACGUCCGGCAGCCUGCCCAGCCGCCUCAAUGAAGCCACGGACCCUCUGAAUAUGGAGUGGCGGCUCCACAACCCGGAGCCGGUGACCGUUCCGUACCUGAGCCCGCUGGUUCUGUGGAAGGAGCUGGAGAGUCUGCUGGAGAACGAGGGCGACCCAGUGAUCACGGAGGCCGACAUGGUGGACCAUCAUCCCAUCAUCUACUGGAACCUGGUCUGGUACUUCAGACGCCUGGACCUGCCCAGCAACCUGCCCGGUCUCAUCCUCACCUCCGAGCACUGCAACAAAGACUCCCAGGUUCCUCGUCACUGGAUGUUGGAGGACAGUAAACACGUGUUGAUCCAGAUCCUGUGGGACAACCUCAAGCUGCACCAGGACCCGAUCCAGCCUCUGUACAUCCUCUGGAACACAUACAGGCUUAAUUGUACUCUGUUGUUAGAGAACGUGGGUUACCCUCUGUCCAAGGCGGUCUCGGAGGAGGAGAAGCCGUUCAGCGAGGAGCUGCUGCAGAGCGUGGUGAAGAGCAUCCAGAGGAACGACGUCAGCCGGCCCAUGGCUCAGCUGCUGCAGCUGCUGGGCCAGACGCUCGGGGUCAAGAGGCAAAGGAGUUUGUACAGGGACAUCCUCUUCCUGUCUCUGGUGGCUCUGGGCAAAGAUAACAUUGACAUCGACGCCUUCGAUCGCGAGUACAAGCUGGCGUACGACCGGCUCGUGCCGAGCCUGGUGAAGCUGACCCAUAACUGUGACCGUCCUCCCAGCACGGGGGUGAUGGAGUGCCGCAGGACGUUCGGAGAGCCAUACCUGUAAAACACUCACCUUCACACACACACACACACACACACACACACCGGGAGUGAACUCUCGCCAUGUCAGUGCUUUAAGACGAGCUCAGGAAACCUGUUGGAAGACUGUGAAUGUGCACUAACGGUAACGCUUGGCAGCGGUCAGCGUCAUGUAGCCUGAAACAAAACAACAGACUUUAACUCACGUUCACAAACAUUCAUUCAUUCAGUGUUGUUGAGUGACGCUCACCUGGACACUGUAAAUACGCAGCAGUAGUUUUUUUUUAUAUUGUAUAGUCAAGCAGCAUAUGAAGACUAAUAUUAGCAAUAUUUUAACUUGAACUCUAUUUAUACAAAGUAAGCUUUAUUUAUUGUCGUGUCUUCUGUUUCGUCCCGUGGUCGCAGCCGUCGUCUCGUCUGAAGAAGAGGUUUCUGUGCUUUAAAGGAGCAGCAACAAAAAAAACAUAGAGACUUUUAAAGUAGAGCUGCAAUGAUCUGACAAUUAACUGACAGCUAUUUUAAUAGAUCAUUAAUCGUUUGAGUCAACGUGGCGAUCUGCGGUUUUAUCUCGGACUGUUGGUCAGACAAAAGCAUUUUUAACAUUUCAUAGACGAAAGGAUUAAAUGAUUAGUUAGUUGCAGCUCAAAUUUAAAUGUUUAAAGGUCCUGUGUGUCAGAUUUAGCGGGCUCUAUCGGGUCGGGUCGUGGUCCCAGCUUCUCCUGGAGGAUCCCCAGGCAUUCCCAGGCUAGAUGGGCUCUGUAGUCCCUCCAGCAGGUUCUGGGUCUGCCCCGGUGUCUCCUCCCAGUUGGAUGUGCCUGGAACACCUCCAAAAGAAGGCGCCCAGGAGGAUCCUGAUCAGACGCCUGAAGGGUCGAAGGGUCAGUGGCUCUACUCCGAGCUCCCUCCGGAUACCCGGCGGAGGAAGCUCAUUCUGUCCUCUUGUAUCCGCAAUCUCAUUCUUUUGGUCACUACCCAAAGCUCUUGACUGUAACGUAGAUAGACUACAGAACUGAGAGCUUUGCCUUCAGGCUCAGCUGCCUCUGAACCUCAGCGGUCCGGUACAGUGUCUGCAGUACUGCGGUCACUGUACCGGACACGCCGCACCGCACGAAGGAGUUUAUGUAAGUGUUGAACCAAACUCCAGAGAGGGACUUCCGCAGUUUUCUUGUGUUAUGCAGCCGCUGCAGUUUCUCCUUCAUGUUAGGAAGGAGAAGGAGAAAUGAGGGUGUUGCAAUCAGAAACUCCACCACUAGAUGUCACUAAAUCCUUCACACUGGACCUUUAAAAUUAUGAGCUGUCUUUAUCUUUAGUCCAGGAUCUGAACAUAAGUGUCCGCUGUGCUCUACGUUUUAUCUGAAGUUUGUUUACAAAAAUAUUUCAUCAUCUCAUGAACAAAAACUUUAUUUUAGUUCUUCACGUUGGAGCGCCGCUCUGUUCGUUGAUCUCAGUGUUUGUCGUCUUUGUACUAAACGUGUUCAAACAGUCGGGAUGAAGUGAUCGCACGACGUCGUUUACAUUUUAUGGUUUUAUUUGAGAGAUGAAUUUAAAGUUGGGAGAAAACUCACUACGGUACAAACGGUUUGUUCCGAAUACACAGAAGCUGCUCUGAAACAAACUAAACCAAAAAAGAAGCCAGCACAGUCACUUUAAGGUGAUUUAACACGUUUAGCAGACAUACAGAAGUUCAUGAUAUUCACCAACAGUAAGUCUGUGAACAUGUUGCGGAUACGUAAACCACUUUAUUUGGAGGUGAACAGGAUUUUGCACAGAGGAGAUGUGUAGGAAAGCGUUCACAAACUUGAUAUUUCAUAACAGGAAAAGCUUUACGAGGCUGAAGAUCAUCUGCAUGUCCGAGUUCAUGCUUUUGUUUUUCAUCUGUGGCACAAAAAAAACAGCCACAUAUUCAAUGUUUAUGCACUCACAUGUUGUCUUAUUGAGAUUUUAUGAUCAUCGUUGGUUUGUUUCAGAAUCUGUGAAGUUCUGUAAGUUCUGUUUAAAUACCCCACCAGGUGACGUCCAGUCAACGUGUUUCAAUGCUUGUUGUCUGAAUGUCACCCAGCAGUUUGAAUUCUUUAAAUAUCGAAUUCAAACCAAAAAGGACGUAGCACAAACACGCCACCAGGGGGCUUCAAUAAAUACCUUUCCUGCCAGGUAACACACACCUCGAUCCCCCAGAGCUCCCUCUAGUGUAAUACUAAAAUAUUAACAAUGUCUGGAUGCUACAUACCUCCCCUCUCAGGUCUGCAGCCAUAACUUAACUGAAAGAGAAUAUAAGCCGCCGUGAGCGCCUCAAACGUGUGUUUGUGGUACCUGCACUCCAGGACUAGGCUCACUCUCCAGUUCAGGUGGACCACUCUGAGUUCUUCACAGGGGUUGUUGGACAGACCGAUGCAGGGGAUGGUGGUACUUGUUCUGGCACCACAGUUGGUGGUUUAGUCACAACCUCAGCUCCCUCCUCCUGAUUUGAUCGACACGUCUCUUUAAAACCUGUCCAGUCUCGGUGAGGAUGUCGCACAUCGAACAGAACUUACAGAACCUCUGAAGCAAACCCUCAAAGAUGAACCUCGACUCAUCUACCACUAACAAAGGAAUGGAAACAGUGUGGAGUCACUGAGUUUGAGGCGGUGAACAUCUGUUCUAGAUGAUGUUUGACCGGUUUUAUUUCACCCACUUGUGUUUGUAAAAAUACAGAAAGUAAAUCAGGACUUCAGGUUCAGAUUUGUAAAUGUGAAACUUCAUAUUUGUGAAUGUUUUCAUGUCACUGUUGAUGAUUUUUCUCAAAGGCAAUCUUUGUAACUUCACAGCUAAAUGUUUGAAGCUAAAGUUCUGACUUUAUUUACAUGAAAAUGAUGCAAAUGAAACAGAUACUUGACGACUUUACUUCUGGACUGAACUGGAUAAGAACUCAUCUUUACAUGUUCUCAUGUGUUAAUGACUGACAGACCGACAGACACAAUGGUUGAAGGAGGACCGACAGACUCAUGAAGGUCUCAUGAACGUCAACCAUGUUUGUGAUUUGUGGUCAGAAAGUUGCACUAUGCCCCUAGAAAAUAAAGGAGACGCAUCGACUCGGAUGUCAGCGGCUGGAAGAAGCUGCCUCUCGUCAUCUGUGGAUUUUUUUUUGUUGUGUUGUACAAAUGAAUGAUUUUGCAGAAUUCGGAGGGCCGUGUACAUUUGAACUCGCCCUUUGUAGAAAUCACAUUUUAUAAACGGUUUAUCCACACACGUGCAAACAAAAAGGUCCUUUUUAGAUGUGGCGAAGGUUCUGUACAGCGACCAGAUCUACAGGACUGUUUGACUGUAAAUAAAAAUCACUUACACUCA